GCCGCGCGUGCUCCCGCCCCGCGCGCGGCUCUCUCGCCGGCCGGCGGCCUCGGGCGGCCCCUCUUCGGCUCGGAGCGCGGCGGCGGCCACCGCGCCUGGGCCUCGGCCCCGCGCCUCCCGCGCCCGCGCGCAGCGGCCCGGCGGGCCCACGCAGCCCAUGGCGGCGGCCGCGGCGGCGCUCUCGGGCGCGGGCCCCCCACCCGCGGGCGGCGGGGCCGGGGGCGGCGGGUCCCCGCCGGGCGGCUGGGCCGUGGCGCGCCUGGAGGGCCGCGAGUUCGAGUACCUGAUGAAGAAGCGCUCGGUGACCAUCGGGCGCAACUCGUCGCAGGGCUCGGUGGACGUGAGCAUGGGCCACUCGAGCUUCAUCUCCCGGCGCCACCUGGAGAUCUUCACGCCCCCGGGCGGCGGCGGCCAUGGCGGGGCCGCCCCGGAGCCGCCCGCGCAGCCCAGGCCCGACGCGGGCGCGGGCGGCGACUUCUACCUGCGCUGCCUCGGCAAGAACGGCGUGUUCGUGGACGGCGUGUUCCAGAGGCGCGGGGCGCCGCCGCUGCAGCUGCCGCGCGUGUGCACGUUCAGGUUUCCGAGCACAAACAUCAAGAUUACGUUCACUGCCCUGUCCAGCGAGAGGAGGGAGAAGCAGGAGGCCCCCGAGUCGCCGGUGAAGCCCGUGCAGCCGCACAUCUCGCCCCUGACCAUCAACAUUCCAGACACCAUGGCCCACCUCAUCAGCCCCCUGCCGUCGCCCACGGGGACCAUCAGUGCUGCCAACUCCUGCCCAUCCAGCCCCCGGGGAGCAGGGUCUUCAGGGUACAAAAUGGGCCGUGUGAUGCCCUCUGACCUCAGUCUGAUGGCCGACAGCUCGCAGCCGGAGAACGAGAAGGAAGCUUCUGGUGGGGACAGCCCCAAGGACGACUCGAAGCCCCCGUACUCGUAUGCACAGCUCAUCGUCCAGGCCAUCACCCUGGCCCCUGACAAGCAGCUCACCCUGAAUGGGAUCUACACGCACAUCACCAAGAACUACCCGUACUACAGGACCGCGGACAAGGGCUGGCAGAACUCGAUCCGCCACAACCUCUCCCUGAAUCGCUACUUCAUCAAAGUGCCGCGGUCCCAGGAGGAGCCGGGCAAGGGCUCCUUCUGGCGGAUCGACCCCGCCUCCGAGAGCAAGCUGACCGAGCAGGCCUUCCGCAAGCGGCGGCCGCGCGGCGUGCCUUGCUUCCGGACCCCUCUGGGGCCGCUUUCCUCCAGGAGCGCCCCAGCCUCCCCCAACCACACAGGAGUGCUGUCUGCUCACUCGAGCGGCGCCCAGACCCCCGAGAGCCUGUCCCGGGAGGGCUCGCCAGCCCCCCUGGAGCCCGAGCCCAGCGCCGCCCAGCCCAAGCUCGCCGUCAUCCAGGAGGCACGGUUCGCCCAGAGCGCGCCAGGCUCCCCUCUGUCCAGCCAGCCGGUUCUGAUCGCCGUGCAGCGGCAGCUGCCCCCAGCAGUGAAGCCGGUCACCUACGCCGUGGCCGCCCCGGGGACCAGCUCCUCGGCCCAGCCGCCCGUGGUGCAGACGGUGCACGUGGUACACCAGCUCCCCGCGGUGGCUGUCACCAGCGUGGCCGCGCUGGCCCCCGGGCAGGCCGUGGUCCCGCAGACGGCCGUGCUGGCCUCCCCGAAGGCAGAGCCACAGGAGAACGGAGACCACCGGGAAGUGAAAGUCAAGGUGGAGCCUCUCCCGGCCAUGAGUCACGCCGCGCUGGGCUCUGCCGGCCGGAUCCUCCCAACGCCGCAGGCCACCCCUGUCCAGACGGUCACCAUCGUCCAGCAGGCCCCUCUCGGACAACACCAGCUGCCCGUAAAGACUGUCACGCAGAACGGGACCCACAUGGUGCCCGUCCCCACGGCGCUCCAUGGCCAGAUGAACAAUGCGGCGGCGGCGAGCCCAUUGCACAUGCUGGCCACCCACGCCUCGGCCUCCGCGUCCCUGCCCACCAAGCGGCCAAACGGCGACCAGGCAGAGCAGCCCGAGCUGAAGCGGCUCAAGACGGAGGACGGGGCGGGGGGCCUCGUGGUGGCCCUGAGCGUGGACGCCCCCCCUGCAGGGGGCCAGUGAGCGCAGCACUCCUCCCACACGUCAACUCUGGUGCCAAACGGGGACGCGGCUCUCCCCGGCGCGCAAGCGCAUCUCCUCAGCGGGAAGGGCCCUGGGCUCCCCCGCAGCACUGAACACACAGCCGGGGGCCUUGCUGCACCUGCAGCCCGCGGCCGGCGAGACGCAGCGCUCCCGCCGCGGGCUCUGACAUUUCACGUCACUCCAUCUCUCCUGGAAGCCUCGCGUGGACUCCACGCACACAGGCAGCGUCGUUUUGUUUUCUCCUGUUGUUUGCUUCCUGCCGUUGGAACGAUUCUGUGUCCUGUGG